UGUCGGGUCGCCAGCAGCCUCCUCUCAGCUCCUCUGCAGGGCUGCAGGGCUGCGCAGCUCCUGACUGACAGAGAGAUGAGGGGUGGGGACGCAGGGUGGGGUCACAAGCAGGGAGAGGCGGAGGAGGAAAAGGCAGAGAGAGAGAGCCCAGCCCUUGAAUGCACGGCAACAACACGCCGUCAGAGAGAGGGAGAGACACACCGAGAGACUGGCUGUUUUUUGGGGGGAGCAAAGGGAGCCUUCGACGCUGCGGAUAUGAACUGAAAAGAGCGCACAAGAAGAGGGAGCGUGUAUCUAUAUAUCCCACAUUUACUGUUAAGGUGGAAACUAAUCCCCCCCCCAAAACCCUGCUCUCUCCCUAUCACAGCUCUUAUUCAGAUAGAGCUACACCCAAAAGCCCCGACCGACCCCCUCCUGCUGCUCCACCCCUCCGCCGCUGCACCGCUCCGGCAACCGAGAUGCACACGGAGACCCGUAACAAGAAAUGCCAGUCAACUCCUAAGCAGAAGAAGAGUGCCGCCGGCGGCCAGAGGAAGCAGAGGAGCUCGAGGAGCAACCUGAAGAAACAACAACCGCCGCCAUCAGCAUCACCACCGCCACCGGAGGAGGAGGACAAGCAGGAGGAAGAGGAGGAGCCGGCCACCAGGCCUCGGCCGCAAAAGGAGGAAGAGGAAGUGGCGACACGCUCUGUGAAGGCGGAGGAGGAAGUGGGCGAGGAAGUGGCGACACGCUCUGUGAAGGCGGAGGAGGACGAGGUGGCAGUCAUGCCCUCGGUACAGAUCAAACCAGAGCCGGAGGAGAUGGAGUGCACGGUGGGUGAAGGUGAGGACUGCACACAGACGACAGACCUGAGGGUGAAGACGGAGCCGGUGUGUAAGUUGGAGCCCGCCUCCCCCGACCCGCCCCCCGCUGAGGACCAGACCGAGCCCGUGGACCUGUCACUCAACAAGCCCCGCCCCUCCUCGCUCCCCUCCUCCGCCGCGGGCACCACCAUGAACCCUGCCCCCAGCGGCAUGGUGACACAAAUGUCCGCUACACCCGUCCCCUCCACAAUACAAACCAUAGGCUCCAUGAAUCUCCUUAGGCCAGAGACCUUUGCGAUGCUAACUUCCGGAAAGGCCAAUGAAAAUAUGUCUUCUCUGCACCACUCCAUUGUCCUCUCUCCAGGCUCCAUCUUGGCCACUCAGGGAGCCGGGGGUCAGCAGAUCCUCCACGUCAUCCACACCAUCCCCUCCGUCAGCAUGCCCAGCAAGGUGGGCCAGCUGCAGACCAUCCCGGUGGUGGUGCAGUCGCUCCCUGUCGUCUACACCACCAUGACGACUGACAGCGUCGCCACGGCAGCCAUCACCGUGCCGCUCAUAGGCAGCGACGGCCGCUCAGAAGGAUCUGUUCGUUUUAAGCCCGGCUCGACGUCUCCGGUGGAGUUUCAGAGUGACAGCGAUGCAGAGAGCGGCACAGAGUCGGGGUCCGCCUCCCUCAGCGCCCAGAGCCUCGACGCAGGGUCGGUGAUGGACCUGGAGCCCGUGGACCCAGACUCUCCGGACGUCAAGAGGAGGCGGAUCCACAUGUGUGAUUAUGAAGGUUGCCAAAAAGUUUACACCAAGAGCUCCCACCUCAAAGCCCACCGGAGGAUACACACAGGAGAGAAACCCUACCACUGCACCUGGGAGGGCUGCACCUGGCGCUUCGCCCGCUCCGACGAGCUCACCCGACAUUUCCGCAAACACACGGGCAUCAAACCGUUCCGCUGCACCGAGUGCGACCGCUCCUUCUCCCGCUCGGACCACCUGUCCCUGCACCGCCGCCGCCACGUCAUGAUGUGAACUCUGACCCCCCUCCCUCACCCUCACCUCCCCCCUCACAGCACAUCUUGUACCAGAGACCCCCCUCCAAACUAAGGCUAAAAAAAACUUCACCUCUGCUGGAGCCUACAUCAGGAUUUAUAUCAGCAGAGAGAAAGAGACACAGUACCUCCUCGUCUUCUUCCUCCUCUUCCUGCUUCUCAUCAUCAUCAUCAUCAUGGAAUCACAGGAAUAUCAGGAAUGUGUGUGUGUGUGUGUGUGUGUGUGUGUGUGUGUGUGUGCAUUGGAGGUUUAGUUUUUCUAAUAUGUGUGUUUCAACACAUCCUCAUCUUCAUCAUCAUCACCGUCCACCCAGCAUCCUCCAUCUCCUCUGAAGGUCAUACAACAGCAUCCAUCCGAAGGAGAGGAGGAGGAAGAGGAGGAGGAAGAGGAGUAGAGUGUGAUUUCUUUAUGAACUGAAAGCAGAACGAUGUCACUUCAGCUGCCUGAACAAUAUGAACUCUGUACAUAUCGGAAAGUUGGGAAGUUGUGAGAGCUGGAAUUUGAUAUUUUAUGAAUUUUUGAAAACAUAUGUCAGUAAGAAAAAGUGAAUGAAUUAUCUCCUUCCAACCACAGGAAUAUUUUAACAAACUACAUUUAUUUUGAGGUACAAAUAUUUAUCUUUAUCAGGAGCUUUCUGAUCGAACAGUUGUCUCUGAAAAGUGUGACCCUCUAUCAGUGUUAAAAAAUACAUUUGAGAUGAAAAAAAGUAUUCAAAAUUCAAUUCCCAAACAUCGCUAUGCUCUCUUAAAGAACCCAGGAACUAACUGUGUGCCAUAAUAAUUGACCUAACAGGCAACAUUAUGUCUCAACCUAAAACAUCAAUCGGCUUUAUUUGCAGACACGUUUUCCCGAUGACAAGACAAUUUGAGUUCCUGCCAGUUUGGAAAGUAGACGCCCCCCUCACAUAUUUGAUCGUGUGCUUGUGAGGAGCAGCUGAAGUGACGUCUCACAGAUGUUUCCCUGUUAAACAUCUAAAAGUACUAUUUUGUCCCGUCACCCUCCCCCGACCCCCUCCCCUGGUACAGGGAGCUACAAGACUGUGAACUUUAUAAAGAUGAAUUUUGUUUUUAUUGUAUCAAUCAAGUUAUUGUUAUUGCGUGUUCUCCCCGCACACACCUCCCUGAUUGUUCUUCGAUAACAGUAUUUGCUUUUUAUGCGUCGUUGUUGCUGUCGUCUUAUGAAAUAAGGCUCUUCAAUUCUCUUUCUCCUUCUUUGCCAGGUUUGGCACUCUUAACAAAAUGGCAUCCUUUUUAAAAAACAAAUGUGUUUUUGGCUGUGAAGAAGACGGAGGAGACACCAGUAGUUUGAGAUUACAAGUAAAACUCUCGCGCAGGGAAUAGGGGAGCUUUUGUGAGUGUGUUUUCGUGUGUGUGUGUGUGUGUGUGUGUGUGUGUGUAUGUGUGAGUGUGCAUGUUUUGAGACAAACACAGAAUCAGAAUUUACGAUUUUUACGAGUGUGUGUGUUCCGGGCACUUCUUUGACCUCCUGCCCGUCGAGCCUUAAUAACUGAAGUCAAUCUGUAAAGGGCGACGCCAGAACCACUGACAGAUAAACUGAGACGCCGUUUAUCAACAUCCUGUCUGAGGACGGAUAUUUGCACUGUUGGCUCGUUUCUAUCAUUACUUUGUGUGGAGACAUUCUAUUACUCGUUUUGAAGCGUAUGGACUCUUCGAAAUUAAAAAGCUUGGUAUUGGAACUUUUAAAAUUCACAUUUGAAUUAGAGACACAAUUACAGUGUAAACAGACUCUUGACUGCUAACUGUUCAACAUUGGGACGGACAGUCAAGGGUUAGGAAAUGUACUUGUUUUUUGCACAAAGGAAAGAGGGUGCUCGAUAGAGAAAAUCACAGAAUGAUGCACACACGGCUUAUUAUGGACAAUGUGGUCUUAUGUAAAGUAUAGCAGCAGAGUCUCAUUUGUAACGAGGACAUUUUGAAAAGAAUAGAACAGUUGUCCCAUGAAAUCCUGCUGAAAGUCUGCCCCAUUUGCACUGGUUUCAUGACCUCACAGGAGCCAACAGCCGCCGUCUGUCAGUGGUUCUGAGAGGAACCAGGCACUGUGUCGGGCUGCAGGGUCCGUGGUGCCGGAGAUUUAAAACUUAGCGCUCUCCUCACUAGCAUUUCAACCAGAGUGGGGGUCCAUUCUCUUUCAAACCAGUUCAAGCCUCAACAAACGAAACCCCUACAAAGUCUAACGGAGAAUCUCCUGUUACUGUCUUAACCCUUCCUGAUGUAAGCAGUUGGAACAGAACCUCUCACCCGUGGUGUCCAUGUCUUAAAGUGGGCUGUUCUCCAGCUCUGGGCUGAACUUGAUUAUGCAACAUGACCUCGCUUCACUCCUCUGAUCUGAGCACUAGCUGCUCAUUCUGCGGAUAUGCAGCUCACAGAUCCUCUAACGGGAGGUCAGGGUGUGUGAAAGCCUGCGCUGUUGAUCACCGAGCCUCCUCAGAAUACACUUUCAGAACAAGAAACUCAAACUUGGGAAGUGACGUCUUAAUCAAGAGGGGACGGUGAUCUGCGGAGCACGCUUUUCCAAAUCCUGAUCCUUUCCAAAUGGAGUUGUUGUCAUUUCAAAAGCUAGUAAGUGAGAGCAUAAUGUCUGACCUUUGCAGUAUGAGAUGGAGCUGAGUGCAUGCAAUGAGCAGGGACAGUGUUCUGCACACUGCACUAAAAGCGAUCUAUUUGGAGGUUUUAAUGCAGUGUGCAAAGCAAUGCAAAGUUCCUCUAAACAUCCCCUCUGCUUCAACUAAAAGUAACUAAGCACAUCUUUCUAGAAGAGUAUAUGCAUUUGAUUGCAACUUUCUUUCUUUUGUAAACUGUUGAUAAAGACAUAAAGGACAAUGACAAAUAAUUAAGAUAAAUCCAUGUACAUAAAUGUAUAUAAUCAAAAAGUGCAGAGUAAAUGUAACUGGUGAAUUUCUAUUUUUAACACUGACUAGAUAAUGUGAAAAAUCUCUUUCUUUUCCUUUUCCUCUGUUGCUUUGAUGAAGUGUGUUUCGUCACGUGUUUCUUUCCAAAUCGAAUGAGACAUUUGUUUCGUGGUUUCUUUAAAAAAAAGAGUUGGUCCCACUUGUGUUGUGCACUUGUUGCAUGGAGAGUUCUUGUUUUCUUAUAGUGACGUUGGUGAGCAUGUCAGUGUGUGAGACUUAACAUUGAUGACCUGAGGAAAAGAUUAUAGGGAUCCAUUUAUUAUACUAACAGCUUGAUAUUUUCUGCGUUGGACCUCUUUUAAAAUAUGAAACAGUCGUGACAUUUUGAGAUAUAUUAGGAUUGGGUCAGAACACUCGAGCUUUAGAGAACUUCAGGUCAUACAGGGCUAAAAAAUAUUAAUGUUUUUGUGAUUUUUACACGCUCCAGGCUCAUAGCAGCUUGAUUAUGGAAAAGUAACAACAUAUAUAAAACAUAUCCAACCUGUUUGUUCCAUUUCAAGUAACAGAAAACACCACCUGCAGAAAUCCAGUUUCCACUAUUCAAAUAUGUUUUUAUACAUUGAAGGAUUUAAUUACAUGGACCCCACUCCCCUUUCAUUUGAGCACAUUGAUCCCAUGCAGCACCCGUUUUUAUACCUGGAAAAGAUCAUUUACAAGCACACUGAUCUACUCUGGUGUCCAUUAUAUCAGCAUAUUGGUAUGUUCUUCCCAAACACACACAGUUUCACACUGAAUUAUUAUGAUAUCUCAGUGUUGGAGCUGCUGCAGGGAGACUGAUGCAUGCGUCGUGUUUUUCCUGCUUCCUGUUGUUGUUUUGUGCAAGCUUGUUUUCUCCUAAAUCUUCUGUUAAAGCAGGAAUCUGUGAACGACAGUGAUUUAAUCCCCGCUGAGACUCACGUCACUGUUUGCGAGUGCCUCCGCUCCUUCUGCAAAAUCACAAAUGUUAAGGUAUUUUCUAUUGAAUGCAGUAACUUAUGGGCCAGUACUAUAUUUACUCAGUGCAAUGCAGUUAUCAUUAUAAUAAUACAAUUAUUAAUAAUAUUUUUUUCUUUUUUUUUGUAUUUGUACAGAACAAAUGUGUAAAGAUCAGUGAGGAAAACGUGAGCUUUUUGAUACUGUGACUCAUAGUGUUUCAAAGUCAGUUUCUCCCUGUACAGUUGUGAUUAUUCCCCCUUCUUCUUUUAUAGAAUAAAACAUGUUUUUGGUGCAAUUGAA